AUGUUCUUUCGACCUCGACUCGACCGAGGGGUUCACUUCGAGCUUCAGCGAAUCCCAGCGGCCCGAGUGAUAGUUAGGUGUCGUCAUAGGCUGACGCCGGUGGUCGAGUCACCGGUAGACCGUUCUUGUGACACGCUCGACCGGUUCGCCCCGACCGUCUCGUGUUGCAGGAACGGUCACAGCCACUCUCUUUAUGGUAAGCCACGCGUUCGACCGCGACUCUACCGACGCACGACUGAUGGUACAAGAUCAUGCGUUGAUUGCGCCUCUGAUCGAUCCCCUCCGAUACCACUUGCGUAUCGUGACAUAAGACCGGUCGACUCGAACGACUAUUGCGGCGUCGGCCGCGUCCUGGGUGCACAAGUAAGUUCCGUUUCGCAACUUUUAUCUCUCUCUUAUAGUCCGAGACGGCGGGGUUCCCAUCGUGAGAUCAUAAGCUGCGACGAUCUCGGGAUUCUUGAUUUUCAAGUCAUACUACGCUCGCAAUCUUCGCUCGAACUCAAUUGUCUUGACGAGGUUGUCGCUGUCGUUCACUACACAUCGACACGGACCACGAGUCCAACAUUCCAUCUCUUGCUGUUCGCGAGCAGCAAUGGCCGGGCCGGCUUCAGCAUCGAUUGCGUUGUUCGUCUCUCGUCGAUGACUCCCAUUCAGGAUGAUAUGGACCGAGGCCAAGCACGCCCAUACCUUGAUCGUCAAUCCGGUUGUCGAAACUUUGCCACAUCGUCGUUGAGUCGCCCUGACAAUCCAGUGAUCGAUGGUCCUGUCUUGGCUCUCUCAACGGCGACAAGUUUUCCCGAUGCACGCUCGCUCUCUCUAUCUAUCUGUCAUGAACUAGUCUCUUUCACAUAA